AUGGUCAGAAGAGAAUUGACCCGAGCAUCAAUGCAGAUCGAGCCUGAGGCUUUAAAUCCCGAGGUGAAGCAGAAGAAUGGCUGUUUGAGACUAAGUAACACUCGAAGUGAGGUGGUCUUCGCACCAAUAAGCAAGCGGAGCAGUACUAGAAAGGGUGUCCUGCUAGGCGAAGCCGCAGAUCACAGCGAUAUCGCCCUGGACCCAGAUAUGAUACUUGGAGUUCUUUCUACUGGAGAUUUUUCCUCCGAAAGCAGCCAAUUAAUUAGUGCGCAAUACCAGCUUCCCAUGUGGCAAGCCUUGGUCGCAAUCACUCGCCGGUCCUAUUGGCGCAGAGCUUGGGUCAUGCAAGAGGUGGCACUGGCACAAGGUCUCAUUAAUGUGAUGUAUCAGGAAUCUGCCAUACAGAAGAUCCGGCACAUUGUACAGGAGCUCUCGGAAUUCGAGCUACCUCACUACAAGAACGAGCCCGAUCCGCUUCACGGCGCACAUCUCAGCAAAAAGCGCUUGUUUGACCUCCUACUCGACUGUGCUCACAAAGAGUGCAGUGAUCCUCGAGACAAGAUCUUCUCCCUAUUGGCCAUGGCGGCUGACACAAAAGAAGGAGACCACCCGGCACGAGAGAACAACAGAGCUGCAAGUUCGUCGGCACAAGAGUCCUAG